AUGCUAGGAAUACAGAUUAUAGCCUUCAUAUUUUGUUUCUGUGGGCUGGGAGCUGCUAUUGCUGCUACUGCAUCAAAUGAGUGGAAAGUCACUAGUCGAGCAUCAUCUGUUAUCACUGCAACAUGGGUUUUCCAGGGUCUUUGGAUGAACUGUGCCGGCAAUGCACUGGGUGCUUUUCACUGCAGACCUCACCUUACUAUCUUCAAAGUAGAAGGUUACAUCCAAGCCUGCAGAGGACUGAUGAUCUCCGCCGUCUGCCUGGGCUUCUUCGGUGCCAUUUUUGGACUGGUUGGGAUGAAGUGUACAAAAGUUGGAGGUUCUGAUCAGACUAAAGCAAAAAUAGCUUGUUUAGCUGGACUGAUUUUCAUACUAUCUGGGUUGUGCUCUAUGACUAGUUGUUCCCUGUAUGCAAACAGGAUUACGUCUGAGUUCUUUGAUCCUUCUUUUGUUGCACAAAAGUAUGAAUUAGGAGCAGCUUUGUUCAUUGGAUGGGCUGGAGCUUCACUCUGCAUAAUUGGUGGCAGUAUAUUCUGCUUCUCAAUAGCUGAAAACAGUAAUUCUCCAAGGAGGGGGUAUGCAUAUAAUGGAGCCACAUCUGUGAUGUCUUCUCGUACAAAGGUCCACAACAGUGUCCCAGACAAAACCCCACCAAAGCACUUUGACAAGAAUGCUUAUGUUUAAUUGUACUGUUGGAAGAUUUAAAGCGUUUUAAAAAUGAGUUUGUAUGUUUCAUUCAGAGUGAUUUCCCCCCCCCCCCCAAAC